CGUUACUUUGGAAUAUUUUUCGGGGCUUUUGGGCCCGCCGGGAUGUUGUCCCGGCCCGCCGACACCUAAGCUGCGGUAACCUGCCCCUGGAGGAGCUGUUUGCACGCGGCGGACCUCUGCGGACCUUCCUCGAGCGGCAGGCCGCCGCUCACGGCUCCACACACUCUGAUUUUGAAGUUUAUACUCAGUUGCAGCUCUUUAUGGUUUACACCAGAGGUCAAGACAUCAUUAUGCUGCAUGUUGUCCGUCAGAUAGAGGAAAGAGGAGGUAUAUUUUGUAAGAUGAAAAUGAGGACUUAAGGAAACUUGCCGAAAAUGAAAUAACUUCAUGUGAAAAAGAAAUAGCUCAAUUAAAGCAACAGUGUGGAAUUUACCAAAAAUUAAUUUCCCCACCACCUACUCUAGAAGAAAAGUUCCACAAUAGACAGAAAAGUCUCAGAUUAUCUUACUUUUGGUUCCCUCAGAAGAAACAGAUAAAAAGGAUUUGAUCCUGGAGGUAACUGCAGGAGUUGGGGGUCAGGAGGCAAUGUUGUUUACCUCAGAGAUAUUUGAUAUGUAUCAGCAGUAUGCUGCAUUUAAAAGAUGGCAUUUUGAAACCCUGGAAUAUUUUCCAAGUGAAAUAGGUGGCCUUAGACGUGCGUCCGCCAGCAUUGGGGGUUCAGAAGCCUAUAAGCACAUGAAGUUUGAAGGAGGUGUGCACAGAGUCCAGAGAGUGCCCAGGACAGAGAAGCAAGGCCGCAUCCACACCAGCACCAUGACUGUAGCCAUCUUACCCCAGCCCACCGAGAUUAAUCUGGUGAUUAAUCCUAAGGAUUUGAGGAUUGAUACUAAGCGAGCCAGUGGAGCUGGGGGGCAGCAUGUGAACACCACGGACAGUGCUGUCCGGAUCGUUCAUCUCCCAACGGGUAUUGUUUCCGAAUGCCAACAAGAAAGAUCUCAACUGAAAAAUAAAGAGAUGGCUAUGAAAAAGUUACGUGCAAAACUGUACAGCCUGCAGCUAGAAGAAGAAACAAGUAAACGAUACAAUGCUAGGAAGAUUCAGAUUGGCACAAAAGGAAGGUCAGAGAAAAUAAGAACAUAUAAUUUUCCACAGAACCGGGUCACAGAUCACAGAAUAAACAAGUCACUUCAUGAUCUUGAAACUUUUAUGCAAGGAGAGUACCUACUGGAUGAACUUGUACAGUCAUUGAAGGACUAUGCUAAUUAUGAAUCUUUAGUAGAAAUUAUUUCCAAAAAAGUUUAAGUUGAUUUGUUACUAAAGAUUUGUAUAGCUUCUGAAAAUUCUCUUAUAGCAAAUCAGGUUGUGUAUAUACAGUAUUCUCUUGAACCACAUGAGUUAACACAGUUGAGAGUAACAUUUUUAAUAAAUAGCUAAUUUAUAUAAGUCUCUGAAUGUAUUAAGUAAGAAAACAUACAAUAUAAUCAUGAGUCUGGCUGGA